GGUCAUCCCCCCCCCCAGGCGUUGGUCUCUCCGUUACAGUCAGUUUUUCUGCUUCUGUCCUCCCCCCAAUGGGGCAGGAAGAGGCGGCCCCCACCCCAUUUCCCCUUCGCAGCUCCUGAUAAAAAUGACCCCCUGGGCAGGAGAGGUGCUUCAGUCGGCGGGGCAUGGCAGACACGCCUCGCAGCGAGCGGUGCUGAGUUAGCAACAUCCCAGCGCGACGACCCUGACCGACGCCUCCAUCCAUCCUCUGUCGGGGCAAGAGCCGCGAUCCAGUCCAGCGGACGAUGACGAGCUUCCUGCUCCUCUUGGGCCUGGGCCUGGCUGCCCCACCAACCGUUCAUGCUGCCUCCUCCUCUUUGCGCUUCAUUGCUGUGGGGGAUUGGGGUGGAGUCCCCAACGCACCUUUCUAUACAGCUCGGGAGGCUGCCGUGGCCCAGGAGAUGGGACGGACGGUGGCUUCACUGGGAGCUGAUUUCAUCUUGUCCCUUGGAGACAACUUCUACUACAGUGGGGUUAACGAUGUCUAUGACAAACGCUUUCAGGAGACCUUUGAGUCCGUUUUCCAGGCACCUUCGUUGCGUAAGGUGCCCUGGUAUGUCGUGGCUGGAAACCACGACCACUCAGGGAAUGUCUCUGCACAGAUUGCUUACACCAAGAUCUCCAAGCGCUGGCAUUUCCCCAAGAACUACUACAGAUUGAGGUUCAAGGUGCCUGGUAGCAAUGCCACCGUUGCCAUCCUCAUGAUAGACACCGUGACCAUCUGCGGCAAUUCAGACGACUUCCAGAGCGAGCAGCCCUUGCGUCCGCAGAACGUAGACCUGGCCCGUAGCCAGCUCUCUUGGCUCCGCAAACAGAUGGCCAACUCACAGGACGACUACUUGCUGGUGGCUGGGCACUACCCCGUGUGGUCUGUGGGAAAGCAUGGACCCACAGCAUGCUUGGUCAAGCAGCUGCAGCCACUGCUGCUGAAAUACAAGGCCACGGCCUACCUGUGUGGCCAUGAUCACAAUCUGCAGUACCUGCAAGACAAAACAGGCUUGGGCCAUGUGCUGAGUGGAGCUGGCAACUUCAUGGAUGACUCCAAGCAACACCUCCACCAGGUUCCUGCUGGCUACCUACGCUUCUUCUAUGGCCAACCUUCUUCUCAGGGGGGAUUUGUCUACAUUGAGCUUAACAACAAAGAGAUGAGCAUCACGUACAUUGAGGCCAGAGGCAAGUCGCUUUACAAGACCACUCUACCCAGGCGGAGACGUUUCUAAAUUCAAGAUUGCGGUCCUCACUGGCUCCUAUCUUAGCUGUCCUGCCUUGCUAGGGGUGGGGACAAUGAUGACAUCUCUGGGUCCCACGCAGACCUCACUCCUUCCUCCUAUGGUGACCAUUGGCACUUGUGGGGAGCCUAGCGGUCACUAGAAUCUCCCCUUUGGGGAAGUGCGCUCUUUGCUCUUGUAGAUUAUUCUAAGUUCUCCAUACUUUUGGCACACCCACAGUGUUCCUCUGUGAAUGCUGCCUCUGUGGACCCCUAUGUCUCUCUGUGACUCCUGCCAACAUUUGAGAACACACCUGGGGAAGAGCUGCCUGGGAUUCCCACUCGCAUGGCCCUACGGCCGGCAGCUCUUUCUGCAAGAUGAGCUGUUAUAGGGUGAUGUUAGGUAGACGGGUUUUUGGAGUCUUAAGCUAGGUUCACAACCAAAGCCGAGAACCAAGCAAUAUACAGUUCGAGGCAGUGUCCGAGGGCCAGCCUCACUGAACCAAUAUAUAUGCCUGUGUCUGUGGCUCUGAGGCGUGAAAUGGAAACAAAACGUUUCAAGUUGUGGCACUUCUUCCCCCACACCCAACCCCAACCAGAGCCUUUAAUAGCAACUUGUCACAUAGGUAGCAUCCCUAAGAGAGGGGUGCAGCACAGAGUAGUAAUAAUUCUGUGCUGUGACCGUAGGGAAGACGUAGCCUGUUUGUACAACAGGGUAGAAACCUAGCCUUGUAUUGAACACUCUAGACGAAAUAAUUUGCCCUUCGUGCUGCCGCUAACUCUCAGAAUUAUCUGAAAGUAGGAUGAACUUUUCCCUAGUUACAGUCAUCAUCUUGAAACUAUCUGCAGGGUCAUCGCUUUCAGGUAAAGACAGUGGGACUCAGCUACCUGAUUGAGACUGGAGCUGAAAAUUAACUUUACUCUGUCUCUGCUGUGCCCAGCAAAGUUGAAGUCUUUGGGUGCAGGUGAAAUUUGGACCACGAAUAAUACAGGCUUUGUGGAGGGAGCCGCUUGUGGCUACUUUCCCCACAUGGGCAGUAGCAUUUCCCACGUUCUCCCUCCUUUAAGUUUAAGGUCCAUGAUCCUCCACUCUGAGCCAUAUGUAGAAAUUCUCCACCACACAUACUGCCCUCUGAACACUUGUGAUUCUCCUCUGUUUUGGCCCUGCAGCAGGAGGCGUCCUCUUAUAGGCGAACAGCUCUUAUAGAGUAGGAGACAGUGGUGGCUGGGGUGCUGUGGAUAGCUAGAACAUUCAGAGGAUGAAGCAGGAGUCUUUGUAGGAAUAUGAGAGGAUAUCUGUGAUCCCACAUAAUGUGUCAGCACCUUUAUUAGGUCAGGUCAAAAGGUACAAAAUUAGAUGACUGGCACAAUAAAGGUAUUACUUCAUUCUGGAUUUUGAUAUUUUUCUUAUGGCCAGAAAGGCUCGCCAUUCUUGUCCGCUAACAUCCCAGAUGUCACUUAUUGCCUACUCUUUGUAACUGCAUACCUCAGCACGCUGUCCUGCAGAGUUUUUGACCUCAGUCACUCAUUCUAUGCAAAAGUGCUAAUACUGUACUACAUUUCCCAUCUAGAAAACACCGCUAUAUGUGUGCAGCAAAGGGAUAGGAGAGCUGUCUGUCUUCCAAAUAAAUUAAGGGGCUGAAAAAACUGUUGCUUAAUGUAGGAAGUGGCAACUAGAGUAGGCCCACUGAAUCAGUGGGGAUGCAGCAAGUCAGCUCUGCUAUAAGUUCCACUGAUUCAGUAGGGGUGCUUUAGUUGCAAUUUACUAUGCUAAGCAACAGGAUAUCAGCCAGGGUCUAUAACAAGUCUUUUUCUGGAUUAUUCUUUUGGCUCCUCUGUUUUAUAUUUGAUUCUGCUCUAAAUGUUAGUAGCUGUUUUGCAUUUUAAAGUCAUCUUUUUGUCUUGAUUUUAAUUUUUUGAAAUAGAAGUGUUCCAUUUCCUGUGAGAUCAGUGAUUUUAUGCAACCAGAAUCCAGUUUUCUUCUAUAUAUGAGGUUCUUUGGAGACCUGUUCACAGGGGGAAAAAAGCAAUAAAUAAAUAAAUAAAUAAAAAUCUUAAAAAAGGAAUAUGUUUGCA